AACGCAUGAGAGAUCCCCGCUAUAGCCGGCUGAGGAAGUUGCAUGCUGAUCCAGACGUCAACAGAUGGUGUAAGUCAUAUACACAUGUGAUGUUCAGUGUGCUAAGUAAAGUUGUGAACUACUUUUGGACGGAAGAGGGAGAGGAUGGUAAUGAUAAUGAGCAUCUGAUUACUUCUCAAACCAAUGGAAAUGUCGAUCCCAAAAAUGAAAGUUUAUCUGACACCUCCGUGAAUAACAAGAGCAUUGACGGGAAAGUCACCCACCUUUAUAACACUCAUGGCCUUAUAGACAACGAAAUUUACUUCUCAUUUGAUGCAAUUCAAGGAGAUCAAAAUCCAGUCAGAGGUGAUCAUGUGACUGGAGUUGCAAAGCAACAACACACAGAUGGAGGCUGGCAUGCGGACCAAGUGAUCCUUUGUUCUGACUUUUGGGAUCAAGAAGGAAAUUAUGUUGAGGAGGUUGAUCAUUCUGAACCUGAUGCUGUUGUAGGUGUUGUAACACAUUUUAAGGGGACAGAAGGUUACAUCAGCGAUUACAUCCAUUUCACCUUUCAAAAGAAUGAUGUUGGAGAAAAUAACUUCUUCCCUUGUAAUGGUGACUAUGUCACAGCAGAUAUAGCAAAAAAUGACGCAGGUCAAACUGAAGGUCGAAAUAUCCAGCCUGUACGUGUUGAAGAACGAGACGGUCAAGUCACAGGAGCAUUACAGAACCACGGAUACAUUGAGGGGGAGGUCUUUUUCAGCUAUGAUGUAUGUAAGGGGGGCUGGCGCCCUAAACAGUGGGAUAAGGUCAAGGUUGUUGCUGUGGAGAGUGUCCAGGGGAGAAACAAUUGGCGUGCAAUCAGUGUAGAGCCAGUAACUACGUCAUAUACUCCAAGUGCUAAAUUUCUAAUCAGCCCUACAAGAUCUUCCUUUCUUGAGGACUUACAGCGAGACAAGAAUGGAAUAGUGGUUUCCAUGAAAAAUGACUAUGGGGAUGUCCAAAUUGGGGAAACAAAGAAAAUGAUGAUAUGGAUUGAAAAUAAGGGGAAAUCACCCCAAUUAUUACAGAGAUGUCACUUUCCUGCAGAGGUUACACAGCUAAGGAUGGAGAGUAUGAAGUUAAUGAGGGAACAUGCCAUGAUGACCAGGGGUAACCAAACUGUAACAGGGAACAUAACUCUGUAUCCAGCAGCUUCACUAUACAUAAAUAUCCUCCUAGAACCCAGAUCUGUUGGCCUGGAGAAGCAAUUACUGAUCUUCACCUUUAAGGACUUUCGCAUUGGGCGAUACAUUACAGCUAACAUCCAGGAUGCGUACAGCACCCUUGUGACUACUGGUUCUCAGUAUCAGCAGCAGAAAAGAAAUGCUAUGUCUAGGUAUAGGACAUCUGUUAACACACCAGCAGGCUGGACCAUCCCUGGGGAAAAACCUUCCAGAGUGGGUUGGCGAAAGCUGUACCUACCGAGCCGACUGCCAACGUUCCCUGUGCCUGAGAGACUGCGUGACAGUAUACUGGAGGGUGAUGAUCUGGAGGCGGUAGUACCAGUUGUGGAGGAGGAGCUAGGGUAUGAGAAUUACACUGCCAGAUUCAAAACCCUGCUACACCUUGAGGAGAUUCAGAUGGAUAUUGACAUCAGGGAAUUUGACCUAGAACGGGUAAGCUUCAGACCUGUACGAGAAUUUUUGGCACUGAAGGUUCCUGGUUUGGCUGAGGGUCGUCCUUCCAUCCUGAUCGGAGACAGGAUUAUCGUCACAGAUCCUGGUGACUCCAAUGGACCAGCUUAUGAAGGAUAUGUUCAUGAACUGAUGAGUGAAGAUGUCCUGGUGAAGUUCAGUCAGAACUUCCACCAAACAAACAACGGCAAGGAUUUUAAUGUAGUCUUCACCUUCAAUAGGGCAUCUCUGAGACGAUGUCAUCAGGCGGUAUCAUUUGCUGUUAAUUUAGGAGAAAAUGUUGUGUUUCCGGCAACGCUGUUACCGAAGUUGUCUCGGUUAUUGACUUCAAACAAGAGCAGAGCAAGCGUAGUUCCUCUCAACUAUCAGAAGCCUGCAUCCAACAAGACACAAGCGAUGAGCUACUAUAACCAGUGGCUGAAUGAUCAACAGAAGGCUGCUGUAACCCGAGUCUUACAAGGACAGUGUCGCCCUCUACCCUACAUUUUGUUUGGACCUCCAGGGACAGGAAAGACUAUGACCAUCGUAGAAACUAUCAUUCAAGUUCUGAAGAAAAUGCCUUCGAGUCGGAUCCUUGCCUGUACACCGUCCAACAGUGCUGCAGACCUCAUAGCUGAGAGGAUACAUAAAAGUGGACAAGUGAAAACAUCUGAUAUGGUGCGGCUUAACGCUGUCCAGAGAAAUCAGGAGACUGUUCCAAAUUGUGUGCGGCCAUACUGUUGCUAUGGGGAUAACCUUGACCUUGCCAGCCACUACCGUGUGGUUGUGAGUACAUGUGCUUCUGCUGGGAUACUCUACACCCUUGGGAUCCAGGCUGGGCACUUCUCUCACGUGUUCGUAGAUGAGGCAGGCCAAGCAACAGAGCCUGAAUGUAUGAUAUCCUGUGGCAUGGUGGCUGGGGCAGAUGGUCAGAUUGUACUGGCAGGAGACCCAAUGCAGCUUGGACCUGUCCUGCGAUCCAAACAUUCGAGUAAAUUCGGUCUGGAACUCUCCUUUCUUGAGAGGCUGAUAAACAUGCCACUAUACCAGAGGAAUGAAAGCAUGUUUGCAGACCAUGGUUGUUUUGAUCCACUCUUGGUGACCAAGUUAGUGGAUAAUUACCGAUCCCACCAAGCAAUUCUGUCACUGUCAUCUCAGCUGUUCUACAAUGCGGAGCUACGGGAGCAGGCAGACAGACGGGUGACACAUGCUUUGUGUGACUGGCACAUGCUGACAAACACAGGCUUUCCAGUUCUCUUCCAUGGGAUCAGGGGUGAGGAUUCUCGUGAAGGUGAUAGUCCAUCCUGGUUCAAUCCAGCAGAAACUGUUCUGGUGGUCAGGUACCUACAGGGACUCAUGAGAGACGAGAAACAUCAAGUGGCUGCUGAAGAUGUGGGAGUGAUCACUCCCUACAGAAAACAGGUGGAGAAGAUUCGGCUGCUGAUUGAUAAACUUGGGAUGGACAUGGUUAAGGUUGGGUCAGUGGAGGAAUUCCAAGGUCAGGAGAAACCGGUCAUCAUCAUAUCUACGGUGCGAUCCACUGAACGUCUGAUAGGAUUUGACAUGAAGCAUUCCCUGGGUUUCUUGAGCAAUCCUAAAAGGUUCAAUGUAGCCAUCUCACGAGCCCAAUGUCUCCUCAUCAUCAUUGGCAACCCGUUCGUUUUGUCACAGGAUAAGUACUGGCAGACUUUGAUACAUUACUGUAUAGAAAACCACGCCUACACAGGAUGUGACCUUCCCGAUCUCUCACAACUGGAGGAGGUAAAAGGUCAAGGACGUAAAGAUUGCCCUGAAGAAGUCCAGGACACAUUAGAGGGAGACGUGAGCUGAAGUAGUGCAAAACUUAUUUCUUGAGUUGGAGCGAAUUCACAAUCAUCAUAGACCAACAUUUCUUAUUUCAAGACAAGGUGGUUGAAUGUUACAGCAGAUACUUGAACACAGUCAUGUUGAAAGGGAAAUUUGAAGAUAACAUUCUGUCUGAAAAGUACAUCAGUUAUUGAUAAUUACAAAUCAAAAUGUAAAUUUAUUUUUAUAUAUCACAAUGAUUAACAGAAUUGAGUGUUGAUUUCAGGAUAUCCAUUUUUUUUUAUCAGAUUCAUGAAAAUAAUUGUAUGUUGUCUUUGAAUGAAAGUGUUUCUGCUGUAUGUAUGAUCUAUUGUGGGAAUCAUGUUAGCAUGGUUAAAGUUUGACAUGUUGGUCGGGGCAUCUUCUGUCCCAAUGCUUUGACAUACCAAAGUCCUUAAAAUAGUAGCUGUUAUUCCCUGCUCAACGUUCAGCAUUAAGGGGUUAUGGCAACAACUGGUUCACACGUUGUCAGUAUGGGUAUUUACGGCAUGGUAUUUCAGUGUAGACUAGUAAGUAUAUUUACAUGUUAGUGUUUCGAAAUACAAUUCAAAUGAUACAAUUUGAUACUUUUUAAUGGCAAAAAAAUGCAAAGCACAAAGCCCACUUAAGAUCCUUACCACAUAUUAUUUUUUUUUAUUUUUUUAUUUUUUAUUUUUUCAAAUUUUUACAUUAGUAUACAAUACAGUUACAAUAUA